AUGGCCUCUCGAACCCAAGCUACUACGACCGCCCAUGAGCACUCAGAGCCUUCAGUCUUGACCAAUGACUCUGCUCCGAAGCAAGCCGAGGUUCAGAUGCAGCGGAGUGGGCCAAGACGCAGCAAGUAUCGCCAUGUCGCUGCAUACCACUCGCAGCUACGACAUUCGAGCCUCAGCAGAGAUUCAAAUGAGACGCCCAGCUUUUUGGGGUUUCGGAAUUUAAUGGUGCUGGUUCUUGUUGCAAUGAACCUGAGGCUGAUCAUUGAGAACUUCAUGAAAUAUGGCGUGUUGAUCUGCAUUAAAUGCCAUGACUAUCGCAAGCAAGACUUGAUCCUAGGGUCGAUUCUCUUCGCUCUGGUCCCAUGUCAUUUGAUCGUCGCCUAUGUUAUUGAACUAUCUGCUGCAUCUUCAGCGAAGAAGGUAGUAGGUGAACAGAAGAAGAAGACAGAUGAAGAAAAAGAGCGUGAUCAGCAAGCCUUCCGCUCUACUUGGCCCUACACAGCUUUUCUCCACACGUUAAAUGCUACACUGUGCCUGGCAGUGACCAGCUUUGUGGUGUAUUUUUAUAUCCACCAUCCAGGAAUUGGAACUCUCUGUCAGCUACAUGCGAUCAUUGUGUGGCUGAAGAACUGCUCCUAUGCUUUUACCAACCGAGAUCUCCGUCUGGCAUUCUUGAAUCCAUCUGCCGACCCCGGACUCCCAGAAAUCUAUGCUACUUGCCCUUAUCCAAGAAAUGUCACCAUUGAUAAUCUAACUUACUUUUGGCUCGCCCCUACACUGGUUUACCAGCCAGUAUAUCCACGCACGGAAUCUAUUAGGUGGUCUUUUGUUGCCAAGCGCCUGGCUGAAUUCGUUGGAUUGGCAGUCUUCAUAUGGCUACUUUCCGCACAAUAUGCUGCGCCUGUUUUACGGAAUUCAAUUGAUAAGAUUGCGACGAUGGAUAUUGCUUCUAUUCUGGAGCGUGUGAUGAAAUUGUCCACCAUCUCUUUGAUAAUAUGGCUUGCUGGGUUCUUUGCCCUGUUUCAGGCCUUACUCAAUGCAUUGGCAGAAGUUAUGCGAUUUGGAGAUCGUGAAUUUUACACUGACUGGUGGAACAGUUCUAGUUUGGGUGGAUACUGGCGAUCCUGGAACCGACCUGUUUACUCGUUUAUGAAGAGACAUGUAUUCUCUCCCCUGGUGGGUCGUGGAUGGAGUCCUCUAGCCGCGAGUGGUAUGGUCUUCACACUCUCUGCAAUCCUGCACGAGAUGCUAGUGGGGAUCCCCACCCACAACUUCAUCGGCGUUGCAUUUUUCGGCAUGAUGUUUCAACUCCCCUUAAUCGCAUUCACUGCGCCCCUCGAGAAGAUGCGAGACCCGCUGGGCAAGACUGUCGGAAAUUGCAUUUUCUGGGUCAGCUUCUGCUUGGUUGGCCAGCCACUUGGAGCCUUGCUGUAUUUCUUCGCAUGGCAGGCCAAGUAUGGCAGUGUAAGUCGCAUGUGA